AUGGCGCCAAGUAGCGAAACUGAUGAUCGAAACGACGCCGUUUCAUCUGAUACACUUCCGGACGAAAUAACCGCCACCAACAGGCAGCCUUUGAACUCCUCUACCGGAACCCUAACUUCACCAUCACCAUCUUCCUCCGAUUCGACGCCACUUCCCUCUCUUCCAUUCGAGAUUAUAGUAGAAAUUCUCACUAGGGUUCCCGUGAAGUUUCUCAUGCAAUUCCAAUCCGUCUGUAAGUCCUGGAAAUCUCUUAUCUCAGAUCCCAAUUUCGCCAAGCAACACCUUCGCGUGUCAACAACGCGCCACCAUCUCCUUUUAACCUUCGGAUGCCCCUCUCGCGAGUUCGUCUUCACAGCUUGUCCUCUCUCCUCCGUCUUCACUGAAGUCACCGCCACCGCCACACAGAUAGAGUACCCUCUCAACAAUCGAAACAGUUUUGAUCAAAUCAUUGACUCUUGCCACGGCAUCCUCUGUUUCGCACUCAAUCAACGUUUCGUUUUAUUGUGGAACCCUUCCAUCAGGAAAUUUACGAAAUUGCCCUCUUUGGAUAAUCCAGAUCGGGAGAGGAGUUACACAGUAUAUGGAUUUGGCUAUACUCAUCUCAGUGACAGUUACAAGGUGGUUGCUGUUUCGAGGUUCUGUGAAUCUGAAACUCAAGUGAAGGUUCUUACUUUGGGUACCAAUGCUUGGAGAAGGAUUCUGGAUUUUCCUUUAGGUGUCACUUUCUAUGGCUCAGGAAAAUUCGUAAGUGGAACUGUUAACUGGUUGGCAUCUAUAAAUUCAUAUUCUUCAUGGGUCAUUGUUUCUCUUGAUUUGGAGAAGGAAUCUUAUCAAGAGUUGCUGCUGCCUGAUUAUGGAGGGGUGACUGUGGUUACUUUAUCAUUAGGGGUCUUGCAGGAUUGUUUGUGCAUACUUUCUAAUAGUGAUACCUUUUCAGAUGUUUGGCUUAUGACAGAGUACGGAAAUAACUAUUCUUGGACUAAAUUGUUCCGCAUUCCUUACAUGGGAGGUGUUGGGUUUUGUCCUUAUAACAAGACACUUUAUGUUUCUGAGGAUGAUAAGGUACUACUGAAGUAUCAGUCUAGUUUGGUUGUUUACAAUGCUAGAGAUGGUACUCUUAAAACUCCUGAAAUUAAAAACAUCAAUGGUUGGGUGGUUCCUGAAAUCUACCAAGAGAGUUUGAUAUCACCUUGUUCUUAA